CUCUCCCCACCUAUUUACACACCUUCCAUCUCACGCCACCACCACUUCAAAAUCAGCAAAACCACCUAAACCACAACCUCACUUCUCUCCCUCCCUUCCUCCUCCAUUGCAACCCAUCAAAACUCUUCACAAAAUAUUUAUCGAUACAAUAUACUAAACAACAUAGUUCGCGUCAGAUGGGCAACGCCGACUACGUGCAUUCGACGACAACAAAUGUCGUCGAAAGUGCGCACCGCGUGGCGGUCCCACCGCCACAACCUUUUUUGAAGUCGCUGACGUCGUCCUUGAAAGAGACCUUUUUUCCGGACGACCCACUGCGGCAGUUUAAGAACAAGCCACCGUCGAGGAAGCUCGUCUUGGGCCUUCAGUACUUCAUGCCGAUACUGGAGUGGGGUCCGCGUUACAGUCUCGAGUUCUUGAAAGCCGACUUGAUUGCUGGGAUCACCAUAGCUAGCCUCGCCAUCCCUCAGGGGAUUAGCUAUGCAAAGCUUGCUAAUUUGCCUCCAAUUCUUGGCCUUUAUUCGAGCUUUGUACCACCUUUGGUAUAUGCAGUGAUGGGAAGUUCGAGAGAUUUGGCAGUUGGGACAGUUGCAGUUGCAUCCCUACUCACAGCUUCAAUGUUGGGUGAUGAAGUCAAUGCUAAAGAAAAUCCAACACUUUAUCUUCAUCUCGCUUUCACUGCUACAUUCUUCGCUGGAGCCUUUCAAGCUUCUUUGGGUAUCUUAAGGUUAGGGUUUAUAGUGGAUUUUCUAUCACAUGCAACAAUAGUGGGAUUCAUGGCAGGAGCAGCAACAGUGGUAUGCCUGCAACAGCUGAAAGGGAUUCUAGGGUUAGAGCAUUUUACCCAUGGCACCGAUCUUGUCUCUGUUAUGCGUUCUGUCUUCACCCAAACUCAUAAGUGGAGAUGGGAAAGUGCUGUGUUGGGAUGCUGUUUCCUUUUCUUCUUACUCCUGGCUAGAUUCUUUAACAAGAGAAGACCAAAGUUGUUUUGGAUAUCAGCACUAGCUCCAUUGACGUUAGUCAUAUUGGGAAGUCUUCUUGUUUAUCUCACCCAUGCCGAAAAACAUGGUAUUCAUGUUCAAGUGAUAGGAGAAUUGAAAAAGGGUUUAAACCCUCUGUCAAUAACGGAUUUGGCAUUUGGAUCUCAAUAUCUCCCAAUAACCAUCAAAAUUGGAAUAAUCACAGGUGUCAUCGCUCUCGCUGAAGGAAUAGCAGUGGGAAGAAGCUUUGCAAUGUACAAGAAUUACCAGAUAGAUGGGAACAAAGAGAUGAUUGCUUUUGGGAUGAUGAACAUUGUUGGUUCUUUCACUUCUUGUUACCUCACCACUGGGCCAUUUUCACGAUCAGCAGUAAACUUCAACGCAGGAUGUAAAACGGCAGUUUCCAACAUUGUGAUGGCAAUGGCUGUGAUGAUCACACUUUUGUUUUUAACCCCAUUGUUCCAUUACACUCCUCUCGUGGUGCUUUCGUCGAUUAUAAUCGUUGCGAUGCUCGGACUCAUAGACUACGAAGCAGCAAUCCAUCUCUGGCAUGUCGACAAAUUCGACUUCACAGUGUGCAUGAGUGCAUACAUCGGUGUUGUUUUUGGCAGCGUUGAAAUCGGUCUAGUCAUAGCGGUUGUGUUAUCUGUGGUUAGGGUGUUGUUGUUUGUGACUAGACCAAGGAUCUUGGCUCUUGGAAACAUCCCAAAUUCCAUGAUCUUCAGAAGUGUUGAUCAGUACCCAAAUGCAAAUCUUGUUCCUGGAAUUCUCAUCCUAGAGAUUAAUGCUCCCAUUUACUUUGCCAAUUCAAGCUACUUAAGAGAAAGGAUAUCGAGGUGGAUAGAUGAGGAGGAAGACAAGUUAAAAUCCUCUGGUGAAACAAGUUUGCAAUAUAUUAUACUUGAUAUGGGUGCCGUUGGUAACAUUGAUACAAGUGGGAUUAGCAUGCUCGAGGAACUCAAGAACAGCACGGAGAGAAAAGGACUCAAGCUCGUAUUGGCCAAUCCGGGAGGUGAGGUGAUGAAGAAGCUAAACAAGUCAAAGAUUAUCGAGUCGAUAGGGCAAGAGUGGAUCUACAUUACAGUAGGAGAGGCUGUUGGAGCAUGCAACUUCAUGCUUCAUACAUUCAAACCAAAACCUAUGACUGUCAAUGGAUCAGAGACAUGGAGCGAUAAUGUCUGAACUACGUACCAAUUAACCAAAAACAACGCACCAGAAACAAACGCAUAUGGCUCGUUGGAACAAAGGGGAAAAUGAGUCGUAUUAGUAAUUUUCUUGCUCGUGCUAAAGUUGGAGGGUGUUUUUUUUAUUUUGGGUUUAUCCUCCAACAUUAUGUAAUUUGUAGAAAGCUAUGUAUUGUAUACAUGAUAGUAUAAUUAAAUUGGUAGUUUUUUUUUUUAUUAUAAAUUAUAUAGAUAUGUAAUAGUUAAGAUUGGCAAAUGUACUUUUGUGCUUCCCUUUGUCUCAAGUUAACUUAUAUAUGGAAACAAAAAUUUUGAUCA